UCAAGAUGCUUGACCUGUGAACUCCGUGAUCUUCGUGAUCAAUUGAUUUAAAUUCCACACUUGCACAGUAGCCCUGCUAGCAAAAUGAAGGCGAUGUACCGUCCACUAGCAGUAGUUACCCUUUUGGUGGCAGUUUUCUAUAGCAAUGUGGCUCAACAAGUUCAAAUGCCAGAGGCUGGUGCUCUACAUCUUCCUGACGGUGACCUGAGUUCUCAAGUACUGGCCCUUCAAAGGAAUGUCAGUGAAUUAUGGACUUACAUCUACCAACUGAGGAGUGCGGUAUCCCAGCAUCUCAACCACCUGCGACAGCAUCAAGUGGAACUUGAAGAUAUGGUGCAUACAAUGUCGCAUUAUCAUGACGGUCAUGGCGACGGAACAAGUGCAGCCCAUACUGAUAGUCACCAUCAUAGUAGUGAGCAACACUCCCACAGCAAUGAGCAGCAUUCUCAUGGUGACGAUCAUCAUUCUCAUGGUGAUGACCAUCAUUCUCAUGGUGACGAUCAUCAUUCUCACAGUGACGAGCAUUCUCAUGGGAGCGACGGUCAUUCUCACAGCAGCCAUGACCACUAUCAUGACUCGCAUUCUCACUCCCAUUCACACGACAGUCAUGGUUCUCAUUCAAGUCAUGAAGAAGGAGACCAUCAUCAUCAUGAUCACAAGGACUCUCACGAAAAGGAAGAUGACCUGCAGCAAAGUCAACAAGGGGCUGAUCUACAGCAGAUUCCACAAGGGGCUGGUCCAGUUGCCGAACCCGUCGUCGUAGCGAGAUCUCAUGUCACACCAGGUUCAUCUACCUUCAAGCCGCUGCCACUGAUGAACAAUUAUCACCACCACCACCACCAUCAUCAUGAUAACGAACCUAGAAAGAAUCGCAGCCGGGUGGUGGUGAUGCCAAAGUAUUCAGAAUAUGAUCUGUACGAAUUCGCUGUAUGCAAUGUUCAACCAAACAGGGCUAUCCCUGUAGAACAACAGCAGGAAAUUACUGGACAAGUGACUCUUUGGCAGAAGAAAAUGGGCGGUUCAUUGAAUCUUCAUGUCCGACUCCAAGGCUUCGAUAUGGGUGAUCACCAUGGCCACCAUCAGCAAGCCGUUCAACAGGAAGACGACAACCAAACUCCAGCACCGGCUGUCCACAAGCACGGUUUUCAUGUCCACGCUUCCGGGGAUCUUAGCAAUGGGUGUCAAUCAACUGGAUCUCAUUACAACCCUAAGAAUGCCAAUCAUGGCGGACCCAAUGCCUUAGUAAGACACGUCGGAGAUUUGGGCAACAUCGAAUGUGAUGACCACGGAGUGGCUAACAUUGUGUUCUCAGACGAUGUCGCUUCCUUGAAAGGUCCUUAUUCGAUCGUUGGAAAAGCCAUUGUGAUCCAUGCUCUGCCCGAUGAUUUAGGUCUCGGUGGUAACGAAGAAAGUUUGAAAACUGGAAACGCUGGCACACGUCUCGCAUGCUGCGUGAUUGAGAAAGUGGAUAAGUUGCCAAUUCGUUCCUACAAGGCCAUCAAAACCGCCAAGCAGUAUCAAAAUUGAUCAAAUUUACAACCACGAUAGCUUCCUUAGCUCUGUGUGUUUUUUUCUUUUCCUUUUUGUAUAUUCGCUCGCCGUGCAACCCUGCCAGGCGACCAGUUAUUGUCAAGGUCAGCCGUAAAAUGGACCUUAAAAUAACCCGAGAUUUGUUUUUAAAAGUCUGAAAAUGUACAUUCUAUCAUACAUUAUUCUGCUGUUUGUGGUUGGUUGCAUAUAAGCAAUAAAUUGUUUUAAAAAACAA